AGUAAAACGACUGUGCUUCACAUUCAUUUCCAAGGACAGAAGUUACUGCAAGCAAACGAAGCUUGACGACAGACCGUUGGAAUCUCUCUCUCGUGCUCCAUGCUUUUUCUUCGUUGUCUGCCUCUGCGAAGUCAUAACUCCUGAGAAACUCCAAUUUCGGAAACUCCAAUGCUCAAUUGAAGAUUUAUCUUUCGAAUUUUGAUCGGAAAUCAGUUCUACUGAUUGCACAACUAUGUUCGCACAUGGAGGUGAAACUCCUUCGAGGUAUGAAUUGUUGAGUUUGGUGAAGAAGCACUCUAGUUUAUUGGGGAAGACUGUAGUUGAUGAGGAGGAUGCAUCAGAUGUAGAAUUGGAUCAAGCUUUCUGGCAUGAUAUUUUGAAUCUCUACUUCGUUCAAGGCAAGGAAUCAAAAGGGCGUCAAGAUGAUGAUCUCAUUUUUUUUGUUAGGAAAAUGAACUUGCAUGGAUACGGUACUAACGAUGAGUUAGAUGCAAAUGCUCCUUACUUUGUACGCAGGUGGGCAUCUAAGUUGGAUAAGAUGGUUGGUGACGACUUGAUUGAGGUGGAUUGGAGGCGGUCACUAUAUUUGAACCUGAUUGCUCACACUUCAUUCACCGUAACUGUUGCUAUCUGCAGCAAUCAGGUCCUCCAACAUCAUCGUGUGGGGCAAGAUACACCAUUGAGUCCUAUAUACAAGGUUGUAAAGACUGUUUAUGCAUCACCUAGCCGGGUCAAUUUCCAUUUGGAUUCCAGAAAGGAAGCAGAAACUGUUCCAGCCUAUCCAGAUAUAUGCUUUGCCAUUGACGACUUUGAUUCUACAAUUGACACAGUGGUUCUAUCAGAUCCAGAUCAUUGCUACUGUGUUGUUCUUAAUGCGCAUGGUGGGGCAGCAUUUCCUAGUGAAAAGCCUGAGCAUGAAGUUAUUGAGAAGUUGCAGAAAACUGAAGGAGACUCCAGAAAGACAAAUAAAACCAAGGUUACUAUAUUUUCUGGAUUUGUGAGCUAUCAAAUGGUUCGUGAAGCGUAUGAUGCUGGGAGAUUCCGUUUAGGGAGUCUUCUUUCUUUCAGUCAUUCUUCAGGUAAAGUAGAUAGAAUUUACAUGAAAGGUCCAGGUGGACGUGGAGAAGUCGAAGUAGCUGUCUCUGGUGUUGAAGACCAAAGCCAGCAUUCUUUGGGACCUUCUUCACCUGUUAACUCAAAAAGUGGAUUUGGUCUUGCUACAAUUGUUCAGAAAGCUGCAUCUGUAGCUUCUGUUGCUGCAAAACAGGCUUAUGCAGCAGCUUCAAAUACUACAGAUGAUGAGAUGUUGCCCCUGAAAUGCUGCUUGAUGUCUAUUUCAUUGCCUUGGGAGAACAUUGCACAUGAUCUCUUGUUUAAGGGUGGUCCACCAGUGAACAUGUAAUCUUUUACCUUGCUGAGGGGAGUCGCGUGAUGCAGAACUAUCGAUAUAAUUCGUUUAGGAUUCCAGAUGCCAGAGUUUCUGACAGGAUCCUUUGGUUAGAUCAUUUCAAAGGCUCGUUUCGUUGUGAAUUUGUGAUAUCUCUAGUGCUUUGAGUUUUCUGAUAGUUCUGGUGUUUCUUGAGUUUCGCGCAAACUGCAAAUUCACUGUUAUUGUAUAUAAAAUCGAACUUAUUCUCUUUUCAAUCUCUAUAUUUUCUCUUAUAGGAAAUAAGUGAAAAAGUAUGAUGGAAUACAAGUCACUUUUACUGAA